AUGUGGAGAAAGCCUCCAGCCUCGAAUAUGACUGAUCAGGACAAACUGGACCCAAUUGACGAGCGGGCGCAUCGUCGAUCAACUUUGUUCUCUCAAGAUAAAGGCAUUCCCGUCGACAGCAUUACCGCCAUCGUAACGGGGAAGCAGACGUCGGUGUUUCGACGAGCCACUGCGAACAAAUCGAGCGAGCGAGUGUGCUUGUCGAUUCUCACUCCAACUCGAACACUGGACGUUUGUGCCUAUUCACUGCAAGGAUUCCAAGAACUCUAUCGCGGAUUCUCGUUGCUACUAGAAGAAAUCAAACGAACACGAGACGGCUUAGACUGA